CUUUAACAGGUGACAAGAUCAAACAAGUUGCGGAUAUUACAUAGAUAUAUAUACACUACGCAGCUUCAUGCAGCUUUCAUAUCUGCGAUUUACAAUCUUUCUUAAUAUAAAGAUAUUACUCGCACUUUUCUAGUAUCCUCACUCACGAUGCUGUCCACAAUGUCCGUUCGAGGGUUCCGCUCCAGUGCCGUUGAGGCGUGCUACACCGCGAGGGCUUUAUACAGCUCAGUGCCAGAUGUAAAUCAUUCUUCUGUACACAGUACUUCCAAAGAUAGUGUAUCUACGCCUGAACAGGAAAAGCAUAUGUAUAAGUACACACGAGCACAUGUCGGCAAGGCUAUCACACCCUUUUCGGAUGUGGUUAUCUCACACGCUAGUGGCACCCACGUAACUACUAUGGAUGGCCGUAGGUACUUGGAUUUCACCUCGGGCAUUGGGGUGGUCAACACAGGUCACUGUCACCCUAAGGUGGUCAAGGCUGCCCAGGAACAGACCGGAAAGAUCAUCCACAGUCAAGUCAAUAUAUUCUCAUCCGAGAUUAUGGGCGACCUAAUUACACCCCUGCUGGAGGUCAUGCCAGACCCUUCUUUGGACUCGUUCAUCUUCUGGAACUCCGGUGCCGAAUCAGUUGAAUCCGCGAUAAAGCUAGCGCGCAGUGUGACGCGUAAGAACAAUGUCAUCGUCUCACACGGAGGCUAUCACGGACGUACCUUUGGCACUAUGGCGCUCACCACCUCCAAGACUGUCUACAGUGCCGGGUUCGGGCCCACUGUCCCUGGGGUGUUUGUGACGCCUUUCCCGUACGAACGCCAAGUGCCUGCCCACAGUCACAGUGACAUGACCUCAUACUGUCUGGAAAGCUUGGAGUUGCUGUUCAAGCAGCAGACAGCGGCAGAGGACACCUGUGCCAUCAUCAUGGAGCCCGUAUUAGGCGAGGGUGGGUAUGUGGCACCUCCUCCUGAUUUUCUAAAGGAAGUGAAGCGAAUGGCUAAAGAGAGAGAUGUCUUGUUCAUUGCUGAUGAGGUCCAAACAGGAUUCGGUCGAACUGGGAAGAUGUUUGCGGUCGAGAACUUCGAUGUGGUCCCGGAUAUCAUGGUCAUGGCUAAGGGUCUUGCAUCUGGUUUCCCGUUGAGCGCAAUUGUGAGCCGAAAAGAGCUGAUGGAUAAGCAGGUCGUCGGUUCCAUGGGUGGCACCUAUGCAGGUAACGCGGUAGCUUGUGCGGCUGCCAAGGCGACUCUGGAAGUAUUCAGAGAAGAGAAGCUGCUCGAGAAUGUGAAUGCACGUGGCGAACAGAUGAGGACGGCGCUGCGCAAGAUGCAAGAGAAAUAUCCUAUCCACGAUGUGCGAGGACUAGGUCUGAUGAUCGGAUUAGAAUUCAACAAAGAUGUGCCUGCGAACACCGCGAAACAAGUAACUGUAGAGUGUCUAAAUAGAGGCAUGAUGCUGCUCAACACGAGUGUAUUUGAGACCGUACGCUUCAUUCCUCCUCUAACUGUCAGUGCGGGUGAGGUAGACGAGGCCAUGGAGAUCUUUGAGGACGCGCUAAAGACUGUAUUCAAUUGAUUUUGUUCAGCAUGUCAUGAAGAUGUCGAAAGUAAAUAAAUUUAGCAGUAUACUACCAUUAAGAGAUCCCGACGUGUGUCGAGUGACUAAAUUGACACCUUUGUGUCUCGUAUCUACUUUUCUGCCGACCG